AUGUCAAAUAAAGGCAAGAACCAACAGCGCGACCGGCGCAAAGGCGAAUCUGCACUAAGCGACUUCGCCGACUACGUGGAGCAACAACAGAGCUUCAGAUACCCUGCAUCCCAUCCCGCCGCAAAAGAGAAGAGCACCGAGGACGCCCAGCACCACGAAGAACUGGAUGAGCUCUUUGACAAUCUCGACCUCGAUGACUCGGCACCCCAAGUCCCCUUGAAAGAGCUGUUGCUCAGCUCCGACGAAGAUUCCCUCAAGAAACUCGAAGACGUCAUCAGUGACCGAAUAACGGAGGGCUUUGGAGAGACUGUGUUUGAGGUCGGUUUCGAAAACAAUGGCGACUCAAUGCAGUUGACACCAGAGGAGUGGGAUCAGGUAUACAAGAAACUGGUUGAAGGGGCCAAGAGGAUACGGGCCGACUGCGAACUUCUCAUCACCAAGAACGUCGGCGGCGACAAGGAGGCCGCGAGCACCACAGCCAAGCCAUCCAAGGACAAGAGCUGCAGCGGCAAGAUACUCAUUCGCCAGGUGCCAUCCAAAACUGAAGAUGUCAUUGAGACGAGGAUAGCAGUUGUAGGGAAUGUUGAUGCUGGAAAGAGUUCCCUGCUUGGUGUCUUGGUCAAGGGCGACCUAGACGACGGACGAGGGAAGGCCCGUGUGAAUCUGUUCAGGCACAAACACGAGAUAGAGACUGGCCGGACCAGCUCCGUCGGGAUGGAAAUUAUGGGGUUCGACAGUGUCGGUCAAGUCGUUACGUCCGACACCCCAGGCCGCAAGCUCUCAUGGGAAGAAAUCGGGAAACGGAGCGCCAAGGUCAUCACCUUCACUGAUUUGGCAGGCCACGAAAAGUACCUAAGAACGACGGUUUUUGGUCUUCUGUCUAGCAGCCCCAAUUACUGUCUACUAAUGGUAGCAGCCAACAACGGUCUUGUGGGCAUGAGCAAAGAGCACUUGGGAAUCGCUCUAGCACUCAACGUCCCCGUCAUGGUGGUGGUGACCAAGAUUGAUAUCUGCCCCCCCAAUAUCCUCGAGGAAACCAUUACUCAAAUCACCAAGAUCAUGAAAAGUCCAGGCGCCCGAAAGAUCCCAACUUUCAUCCGCGACCGCGAGCAGUGCAUUAACACCGCUACACAGUUCGUCAGCCAGCGGAUAUGCCCCGUCUUCCUGGUCUCCAACGUGACUGGGGAGUGCCUCGACCUUGUGAGGACGUUCCUGAAUAUCCUCCCCCACCACGGUCGAUACAACGCCGACGCUCCCUUCGAGUUCCAUGUCAAUGACACCUUCUCAGUGCCCUUCACUGGCACUGUUGUGUCCGGGAUUGUGCGGUCAGGUGUGGCGCAUGAGGGUGACGACGUGCUCAUCGGGCCAGACUCCCUUGGUCAGUUCACCCAAACAGCUAUCCGAUCCAUUGAGCGCAAGCGGAUACGUGUGCCCGCAGUAUCUGCCGGUCAGUCUGCCUCUUUCGCUCUGAAGCGAGUGAAGCGGAAAGACGUAAGAAAGGGGAUGGUGGUCCUUCCAAAGAUUGAAGGAAAGCCCGCCCCCAAAGUUCACCGGGAGUUCAUUGCCGAAGUCCUCAUUCUCUCUCACGCCACCACCAUCAAGACCAAGUACCAGGCCAUGCUUCAUGUCGGACCAGUCUCCCAGACUUGUGCCAUAAUCGACAUUGACCGAGAGCUCAUCCGAACCGGCGACCGCGCCACCGUGGCCUUCCGCUUCGUCCAGCGCCCAGAGUACUUGGCGCCCGGCGACAGGCUCCUCUUCCGAGAGGGACGCACCAAAGGCCUUGGUAUUGUCAAGUCCGUUGGCUACGACCCUUCCAAACCCCUAAUGCCUGCCAAGCCCGUCACUGGCGAGGAGAGCGAGGCCCAAACAGGGAAGGAAGUAAGAGUAGGCGCUUGA